CUUGAAGCGUGAGUGGCCUGUAUGCACGUUACUCACGCCAAAGCGCAAUGCGAGGUGCGUGGUAGACUUGCUUUUGCUUGCUUCCGCGCACCCGCCGCUUGCCUCGCACAAUGACGGGUAUUCAUACCACCAAGGCCGCGUCGCCGCUCGACUACAACGUCGCUACGACACCGAGCGACGAGGUGCCGGCCCCGAUGACGACGUCGCGCUGGCCUUCGCGCACGCGGAUUGUGAUUGCGAUCGUGGCGCUGACCGGCGUCGUCUGCGUCACGCUCGGCGCCAUCUUUGUGUUUCAGACGCACGUCACCAACCACGCGACCGAAAUCAUCACCAACAUCCAGCAGAGCCCCGGGCUCAAGAUCUCGCUCACCGCCAAGCGCGAGAGCAUGCGCUUCAACGGCAAGGCGACCGCCGACGUGUACGUUGUGCCCCGGGGUGGCGUCGGGUCCACCUUGCUCUUUGACGCGCUCUUGACCCAAGUGGGCCCGGAAAUCACGGAGACGUACCUUUUGCUCGACCACAAGGCGUACUACGCAGCGUCCAAGAACGGCGUCGUCGUCUCGGCCGAGUGCCUCGAUGCAGGCCGCGUGCCGCCCGUCCAGCUCAUGCAGACGAGCCUGCAUGAGUCGAGCGUCCUCGACAACUACAAGGUCGCCAACGUCACGAUUGCCGACUGCCCGGACGGCAAGCUGCUGCAUUUGUCGUUUGCGGGCGAGUCGUUUGUGUUUUGCAAUUCCAAAAACAACCUGCUCACGCACGCCACCGGCACGGACUUGGACAUUGCGGUCGAGUACCUCUCGGACCCGACGCUGCUGCCCGAGAUGGAGAUCCCGGUGCUGCCGAACGGCCAGCCUUUGAGUUGCGACGCGGUUGUCGCUGACACGGUCUUGCCGGUUGCCAAGUCGCUUUUGCAGACGUCGUCGGACGUUGCCUCAUACAUGGCGGGCUACGAGCGCUCGACAGUCAUCAACAAGGCGUCGUGCGGCUGCAAGAUGGGCAAGAAGAAGCCGUGCCUCUUCGUGCAUGGUGUCGGCGAAACCGAGGCGGGCCCGAUGACGUCGACGUUUCCAUCGGGGUGGGGCGACAUCCAGGAGCAUGCGCCGUGCUGCUCGAGCGUCCAGUUCAUCCAUCUCGAGACCACCAACCACCGCUGGGACGAUGCGUCGACGCAGCAAGAGUUCUGCGACGCCGCGCUGCGGGUGAGCAAGGCUCCGAUGUAUGGCUCCAAGGAGCUCGGGAGCAUGAUCCUUGUGACCUUCUCGAUGGGCAACUUGAUUGCGAGCAGCGCAGUCGCCAACAACAAGUGCAAUAUCGGAAAGGACGUGACGUGGGUCUCGAUCGCCGGUCCGAUGCAGGGCAGCAAGACCGCCAACCUUCUCGCCAACAAGUGCGCGGCCGGCGGCUGGGGCAACGAAAUCCUCAAGUUCAUUUUGAAGCAAGUGGGGUUCUGCCCCGUCCAGCAAGCGUACGACUCGCUCAAGCACCAAUCGACGGUGUCGGCCACUAUGCAAGCCAAGUUCGCAGCCGCCCAAGCAGUGCGACAAAAGCACGUCACGCGCGUCCUCUGCGGCACGAACGCGGUCGGCUUGACGUCGCUUGCCUCGGCUGCGAUCGGUGUUGUCGGCAAAAUGUCCAAGCACGACAGUCCCGAGUACGAUGGCGUCGUCGACUUUACGAGUUGCGCCGUCGGCAUCGAUCCGCGCAAGUUUGGCACGAGCGCCGAGACGAGCUUUCACUUCAAGGCGAGCAUCAACCACCUCGAUGCGUCAAUGCGGUACGGCGAUGGCUGGUGGGGGUGCGACCGCAAGCCCGUCAAGUGGUUCGAGUGUGCUUUGUAAAGAACGCGUUGAGAGAUCGACGAGAGAACAUGUAAUCGCGCGAACGAAGGGCGAGCGCAUCGUCGAACGUAUAUGUCUAGUCUUUUUAUAAAGCGACUGUCUUGUCGUUGG